AUGCGGUUUCGACUACGUGACCCGUAUUUCCCACUAUAUAUUGCAUCUAUUCCUCUUCUCUUGUUGACCGUUUCAUUUGUGGCCUAUGGCUAUAAACUCCCACCCAUCCCAUCUGAGCCCAGUGAAGGGGAAGGAAUACAAGAAGUGGCCCAUCAUAAGAUGGAGUUAAGUGCAAGUCAAAUGAAGGCUUCACUCGGUCCUCCUAUUGCCUUCGCUACACUUGCAGUCGUAGCAAAUAGUGAAGAUAGUGAAAGUAGUAGUAGUAGUAAUAACUAUUAUACCACGAAUACAAAUGAUCUGGAGGAUAUUUGGGCGGCUCAUUCCAGUGAUGUUCAUGUAAAGGAACCGGAUUCUUUCAUUGUACCUCACUCUUAUAUUCAAAUUGAGGAACGUGUGGAAAAGGUUACUUCUAAAAACAGUAUGUCGUUAGUAGAGAUGACGGAUAGUUCUCGAUAUAUUAUGAAUAUAAGUGGAGAGGCUGGAAAUAUUAUUAACAUUGUAGCCCAACUCCUUGAACAUCGUUAUGAUAAGAGUAUCUCUAUAGACAAUUGCAGAGGAUAUUAUAUAAAUGUGGAAAUCCGUCAAGUAACUGAACAUGGAGAUAGUGUAGUGAAUUCCUCUCAAAAUGCAUGGUCUUUAUUUUGGAAUGCCAUUGCCACAAUGUUGGAUAAUAGUGCCUUUUGUGAAUUACUUCCAACUGUAAUGUUACGAGUGGAACCUUCUAUUGUGGAUCAAUCGUAUUAUUUUAUUAUUAAUGCUCGUCGUGGUUAUAUCGCAACAGCAAAUAAUUUCACAUGUAAAAUGCGUGUAUAUGUGGAUCAGAACUCUGCAGAAACGGUAUGGUGGCAACAGAAUGCCUUUGCCCUUAUUCUUCCACUAUUACUAUUAAUCUUUACCACGCCCAUUACACUUUGGCAUAUUCAUAUUAUUCCUUCUUAUAUUGUGGAUAUUGAUAUUCUCAGUUGGAUGUGGUAUCCUCCCUAUGUAUUGCGGGAUAUGUUAUUAUCUAUGAUGAUAAGUAUAUAUGCACUUAUUUGGGGAUAUUACGCAGAGCGGCGAGAACAACAACGACAACGGGAAUUAGAAGCUCAACACCGACGGAUUAUGCAAGAAGCUGCAGCCACUCGGACAUUAUCUACACAACAGACCAUACCUCCACCUUUUCAACAACAACAACAACAACAAUUAUCAUUAUCAUUAUCUCAUCAACAACAAGGAGAAAGAGAAAGAGAAGAAGGAGGAAGAAGAGGAAGUGUAUCAUCUAUGCAUGGUGGUAGAAGUGAUGGUUAUCAUCAUGGGGAAGAAAAGGAGGAAGAACAACAACAACAACAUGAAAAGCAUAAACCAACCGUUGUGCAUAUCCCAUCGCCUACAGUAGGUGCAGCAAGGACACCAGGAACACAUAUCUCUAAUAAAAAGAAACACCAUAAUGAAGAGAAACAGAAAUUACUCGGUAAACAAGCA